UAUUUUUCAGUGUUUCAAGAUGUCCAUGUUAUGAUGUUCAUUGGUUUUGGAUUCUUAAUGACCUUCCUGAAGCGUUAUGGAUUUAGUGCUGUUGGUAUAAAUAUGUUGGUGGCAGCUUUUUGUCUACAAUGGGCCACCAUAGUUCGUGGUAUUAUCCAUGGUGAUGUGUUAAGUGGUGGAACAUUUAAAGUCCAUGUUGGCGAAAUGUUAUCUGCUGAUUUUGCUGCUGCCACUGUUUUGAUUUCGUUUGGUGCUGUCCUGGGUAAAACAUCACCUCUACAACUUCUGGUCAUGGCAUUGAUAGAAAUUCUUCUGGCUCAGAUAAAUGAGUAUGUUGGUGUCGAUAUUUUUCAUGCUGUUGAUAUUGGAGAAUCUAUGUAUGUACAUGCUUUUGGUGCUUACUUUGGUUUAGCUGUUGCUAGAGUGUUGUAUCACGAAGAAGUUGAACAUUCUAGCAAGGAAGGAUCGGUAUACCAUUCUGAUUUAUUCUCGAUGAUAGGUACUGUGUUCUUGUGGUUAUACUGGCCUAGUUUUAAUGGUGGUGCUGCUGAAGGUGAUGAACAACAUAGAGCUGUACUUAAUACUUACUUCUCAUUAGCUGCAUGUUGUAUUGUAACGUUUGCUAUCUCUGCUCUUACUGAUAGUAAGGGUAAAUUUGACAUGGUUCAUGUACAGAAUGCUACCCUGGCAGGCGGUGUUGCUGUGGGUACCUGUGCCAAUAUGCCAAUGGAACCAUGGGGUGCUUUAGUACUUGGUACAGUAGCUGCUAUCAUCUCUGUUCUCGGUUACAAAUAUAUUACACCAUUUUUGUCAAGCAAAGUUAAAUUACAUGAUACUUGCGGUGUUAACAACCUCCAUGGUAUGCCUGGAUUAUUGGCGGGAAUUGCUGGUGCUGUAAUGGCUGCUAUGGCAACACAAGAAAAAUAUGGCGAGAGUGUGGCACAUGGUUCUUAUGGUUUGGGAAGAAACGCUAGUUCUCAAGGUGGCUAUCAGGCAAUAGCAUUGGUAGUUACUCUAGGUGUGGCUAUAGUCGGUGGGGUUAUUACAGGUUUUAUCUUGAAGUUGCCUAUCUGGGAUAAUGUCAAACAGAGAGAUUCGUUCUUCGAAGAUGAUGAACAAUGGGAAACUCCAAAGGAAUACGAACUACCCACAAUAGCUCGAUAUGAAAAGAAUUCUAAAGAAUUAGACACAAACAUGUAA